AUGGAUUAUCGUUCUACUUCUCACUCCCUGCGUGAGCUUCCACUCGAAGAAAACACCCCCGAACUUGAGGCUCAGACCCUCAGUUCCCUCACCACGCAUGGACAGGCCAUCCAAGUCACAGUCGGAUUGACAACAAAUACCCCCACGACUGUCGACCAAGACAUUGCGCACGCAACAAAUACCCCCUCAGCGGAUGCUCUUUAUGGCCCCGAAAUAACCACUUCCUAUGGUCAUUACAUGACCAUCGACGAUGGUGCAGGUCACUCAAUACCCGUCCCGUUCUCCAACCAUUAUCAUUAUGGCGGCGGAGACGAUGAGAGUGACGACGACGACUACCUCCCAGAUUACGAUGACAAUAGCGACUCCGCCGAGGACGACUCCGAGGAAGUCACACGUCAAACCCCCUCUUCGCAGCAUUCUCACAAUACCCAAAUGACUGCACAUGAUGAACUCGAGUUCCAGAACAGAGUCUACGGAUACAAUCAUUCCGAAGGAUCAACCAAUCUCAACUUGAUCCAGAUCUGCACCAUCUGUGGUCAGAUCAACACCAGCGACGGAACUCGAACCAAUAACGAUCACGCUCCCGGAUCGUGUACGGCGCCUACCAUGGCCGUCGUACAAGCUGAAGACCAAUAUGAUGAUGUCUUGAUGGAGGACGCAGAAUUCCUUACCCUCAUUGACGAUGACGACUACAACGAGUCGGGCGACAAAUCCGAGAAGUCCGAUGACGCAGACGAAGCAGACUUUAUGUGCACCAUAUGCUCUCGCCGCAUUGCAAACAUCUGCUUCACCCCUUGCAGCCAUUUCUUUUGCACCUCCUGUGCACUGGGCAUUUGGUGGAGCACAGUUGGAAACCAACACCAUUGGCCGACAUCGAUUCCGUGCCCCCUCUGCCGUGGUGACGUGGAGGACGUCAUCGAUGAGGGGGGAGUGGUGGUCGACCUUUUGUGGUGGGUUUUGCUCAUCAGUCCGAGGGCGCAAGAGAGAGCUUUGGCGGAGGAUGUGACUAUGAUCAUCGGAGCGCAUGCAGUUGCGUUGGUUACAAACCUGUAG